CCCGCGCGCGCAGCCGUUUCCACCCACACCGGAUUCCUUAGACAAGCUCUGGAAUGGAGCCGACAGAAAAGAAAUGCCCGAAUUGAUCUCAACGUGACGUAAAUAGGACUAUGCGAGACGUCAGAGUGCAGCGGGCAAGACGGAGUGAGGCACCGCUCCAGUCAGCAGUCGCAAUCCGAGACAUUAUACGGAGUGCUAAAAGGUAUAUAUAUAUUCGACUAUCGCGUCCCUUCUACUGUCUUCUGAAUCUCAUCCUCUUCCGCAAACUACAUCCCGAGAGUUCUUACUACUACUCCUUCCUUAUACUAUUCCACACACUCGUCACUAUGGGAGGCUCCGGCGCUACUUCCGAGGCCAUCAGCAACAGCGGCGUCGUCGCUAGCAUGCUCGAAAACCUCAAUGGACUCCAUGGGCCGCCUUAUAAGCCUACUGGAAACAAUGACAAGGAUGCCCAGGUCUUGCGCGAGCGUCUGUACGAGUACAACAAGACGCGCUUCUUCGACGAGUUCUCGUACCCGUACCAGAGGAAUCAAACCCGUCCUGAACGUUGGGACCGAGAAGGCGAGGUCAUCGGAAAAGAUGGGUUUGCCAGCUUCCCCGUGGAACAAUCGAACAACGUUCGCUGGUAUGUCGAAAACCGCAUUGCUCAAGGAUCGGAUCUUCCUGAAAAAGAGAAGGACGACUUCAAGGCCGACGUCGUGAACAUGGUUCAAUCUCUCAUCAUGACGGAUGGCCACGGCUGGCAGGCAGAUGAGUUUGUGCGCACGUAUGGCGGCUUGAGGGUCGAGGGCAUGAUCAUCUGGGACGUGAUCAACGCGCCAGACCCUUCGGGAAACAAUCCCAGCUCUCAGCGUCUCAUGGUCUUGCAUUAUGUAGGCGUUGGGUACUCUCGACGGAAGUAAGAUCUAUUUCAUAGAUUACUACUAUCCACAAUGAAUGUUCCCGAAGUCUCCUAUCUAUCUGAACUGUGAUCACGAAGCUGAGCCUGUGUAGAUGUUCACAACUUGAGUAACGGUUCGAUCUCGCAUCUGCUCGCACAUGGUAGACCACGCUUCUGCCAUGGCCACACUCUUGAUGCGACUCGCAAUGAGGUUAACACCGGCUAUUAUGCUCUUCGUAAUGGAUGACUGUUGGCACUUCGAAGGAUAUCCGGGGUCUCUGGUG